ACUCUUGCACUUCGACAUCGAUCCGAAGUUCCAAACGCCGUCGUCCGGGAAAACACGAUACACUUAUCCCGCUGCAAACCUGUGUCCGAAAACGCUACUAAAGUAAAAACCAAUUUUCGUCUGCUCCAGUUUUCUGGCUCCUCAUCAUCGGCAACGGACUAAACCCUCCCGUCGCGGAAGUUCUUCAAUUGGACUUUCAGGCUAGAGCAGCUGAUUCAGCUCCGGGAAUUUUCUUCCACCGCUCUCCUCAUGGCUACCCUUGCUGAUUCAUUCCUGGCAGAUCUUGAGGAAUUGUCUGAUAAUGAAGCUGAUAGUCUUAAUGAGGAUAAUGGGGAUGCCGAGCAAAUGGAAGAAGAUGUUGAUGGGGACUUGGCAGACAUCGAAGCUCUGAAUUAUGAUGACCUGGACAGUGUCUCCAAGCUACAUAAGACACAGCGGUAUAAUGAUAUAAUGCAGAAAGUUGAAGAUGCACUUGAGAAGGGGUCUGACAUUUCCAAUCAAAGCAUUGUUUUGGAGGAUGAUCCUGAGUAUCAGUUGAUUGUAGACUGCAAUGCAUUGUCAGUUGAUAUUGAGAAUGAAAUUGUCAUAAUCCACAAUUUUAUUCGUGAUAAGUAUCGCUUGAAGUUUCCAGAACUAGAAUCUCUGGUUCAUCACCCGAUUGAUUAUGCUCGUGUGGUUAAGAAAAUUGGAAAUGAGAUGGAUCUUACCCUUGUUGAUCUUGAAGGUCUUCUGCCUUCGGCCAUUAUCAUGGUUAUUUCAGUUACUGCAUCAACUACCAGUGGAAAGCCACUUCCAGAUGAAGUCUUGCAGAAGACAAUUGAUGCAUGUGAUAGAGCUCUCACUCUAGAUUCAGCCAAGAAAAAGGUCCUUGAUUUUGUGGAGAGUCGGAUGGGGUAUAUUGCUCCUAAUGUUUCGGCUAUUGUUGGAACUGCAGUUGCUGCAAAACUCAUGGGAACGGCUGGUGGUCUUUCUGCGCUGGCAAAGAUGCCUGCUUGCAAUGUACAGCUUCUUGGUGCCAAGAGGAAGACCUUAGCAGGGUUUUCAACGGCAAAUUCCCAAAUCCAUGUUGGUUAUCUUGAGCAAAGUGAAAUAUUUCAGAGUACGCCACCUACCUUGAGAAAACGUGCCUGUCGACUCUUGGCUGCAAAGUCUACCUUGGCAGCACGUAUAGACUCUAUAAAAGGUGAUUCAACUGGGAAAGUGGGAAGAUCUUUACGUGAUGAAAUUCUCAAAAAGAUAGAGAAAUGGCAAGAACCCCCUCCUGCAAAGCAGCCUAAACCUCUGCCUGUUCCUGAUUCUGAGCCCAAGAAAAAGAGAGGUGGUCGAAGGCUGCGGAAGACGAAAGAGAGAUAUGCUUUGACAGACAUGAGGAAGCUGGCAAAUAGGAUGGCUUUUGGAGUUCCUGAAGAGAGCUCUUUGGGUGAUGGGCUUGGCGAAGGGUAUGGAAUGCUUGGUCAAGCUGGUAGUGGAAAAUUGCGUGUAUCAUCAGCUGGUCCUAGCAAGCUUUCUGCAAAAGUAGCUAAGAAGUUCAAGGAAAAGCAGUAUGGAAGCAGUGGUGCUACCUCAGGACUUACCUCCAGUUUAGCCUUCACACCUGUGCAGGGGAUUGAGCUUAGCAAUCCUCAAGCACUUGCAAAUCAGCUUGGAAGUGGAACUCAAAGCACCUAUUUCUCGGAAACUGGUACAUUUUCAAAGAUAAAGCGGACAUGAAUGAAGCAUUUGGAGGCACGCAGCAGUGGUUUCAAUAUUCAAUUUUCCUUUACUUUCAUGAGAUUCAGACGAUGGAUGGUGAUUUUCUUGGGAGUAAGAGGUUUUAUGUAGGCACCACUUCGUGAAUACGAGAGGUUCCUAGUAUUGGUUGAAUGUACAUACUUUUUACCUGAUGUAACCUUCUCGGGAUGCUGAUCACAUUGUAGGAUUAUGUUGUUGCACUUAAUCAUUUAUUUGACUAAGUGUGUCCAUUUAUGUGUUUGAGUUUUGAAGAUUUUGGUAAUUAUCACCGUGUAAAGGUCUGUGACUGAAGAAGAUUAUUUUACCAGUA